AUGUCUUCGGCUUAUCGCAUACCUGGCAUUGUGUCACUUUGGCUAGGUCUUCUUGUCCUGCUUCUGGGAUGUGUAGAAGCAUACGAGGAAUUAUCAGAUAAGACACUGACGGAACUCCUGCGGCCCAAUAACGACUUCGACAUUCACAAUGGCGCUCUGUUGGCACCUAUACUAAGGACCCGCGUCCCUGGCACCCCCGGCUCCACCGCAGUACUGAACCACUUCGCCGACUUUUUUCGAACCACAUUGCCCAAAUGGACUAUUGAGAUCCACAACUCUACAGCUAAAACACCACUAUCAAAGGGAAAGGACGUUUCCUUCCGAAACUUCAUCGCUACUCGCGAUCCCCCUUGGACCUCAGUUGGCGAUGUUGGCCGGCUCACCCUUGUUGCCCAUUAUGACAGCAAAAUAGCACCAGAAGGCUUUAUCGGAGGAAUCGACAGUGCUGCACCAUGUGCGAUGAUUAUGCAUGCCAUGCGCAGCGUCGAUGCCGCACUGGAGAAGAAAUGGUCAGCAUUGAAGGAGCAGGGACUAAAUGACUACCUCGAAGAGGAGCGGGGUCUCCAGGUUAUAUUCUUGGAUGGUGAAGAAGCCUUCAAAGAGUGGACUGACACCGAUUCUCUCUAUGGAGCUCGCGCCUUGGCCACACAUUGGGAUGACCAAGUCUAUCCUGCGAUGUCGGAAUUCAAGAGUCCCUUGUCCUCGAUAUCUCUUUUCGUUCUUUUGGAUCUUCUAGGCUCGAAAUCCCCGACAAUUCACUCUUACUAUGAGACAACCCAUUGGGCUUAUCAACGCUUGGGCGCCCUUGAAAAGCGGUUCAGGUCAUUGAAGCAGUUCAAGUCUGCAUUGGCUGAUCCGUGGCUUGUCGAUACCGAAAAGGAUGGCCACAAGCUCGCAGCUAUGGGUGGCAUCCAGGAUGAUCACCUUCCUUUCCUCGCGAAAGGUGUUGAAAUCCUUCAUCUAAUUGACUAUGCCCCCUUCAAGGGAUUCCCUCCUGUUUGGCAUACAAUCGACGAUGAUGGUGAGCAUUUAGAUUUGGACACUGUCGAAGACUGGAGUAUGCUAGUUACCGCCUUCGUUGCUGAGUGGAUGGAGUUGGAAGGAUACUUUGACCAUCCAUCAACACUCAGUUCACGCAGUGACGACGAGUCUGCAGAGUUGGAAGCACUUCGCAUGAGCAGGAAGACUGAGUUGUAA